GAAAAUAUACUACAAAGGUGGGGGAAGAAAGCUGAGCUGGGAGCAACUGUAAACGCUCUCACCUCAUAAACCCCACUUUUCUCUCUUCUCUUCUCUCUAUAAUGCUGUUAAAAUCUUGUUUUCAAGAUAAUUUUUCUAUAGUUUGAGUGAUUCAAUACUGAAUUUGUAGCACGAAAAUUCCUAGAUUGCAGUAAUAUCUUUCAUAUCUUGUGUGAGAAUUCAGUAAUCUUGUACGAUUGGCCGACUCUGCAGUCUGCUGCACUUCAAAAAUUCAUUCUUGUUGGCUGAUUUCUCUUUUCAUGAAGCCAAAUCCUUGAGCCCAGAGAACACAAGCUAACAAACCUUUAGCAUGUCAAGGCAAGCUCCGCUCCCUCCCCGCUGUCCUAUACAAAAGAAAACCACAAUCCAUCCAGCAAAUUACCCUCUUUCCCAGCUUCCGUGUAAAGACAUUGACUUGCAUGAUGGAGACCAUCGAGACCGCAAAUCAAUUCCCCAGAGCUCCAUCUUAGAGGAGCAGCCAAUAUGGCUGGAUGACUUAUUGAGCGAUUCAGACUCCAAUUCCACUGGAAUAUUACACCGCAGAGCUGCUAGUGAUUCUUUAACCUUUUUUGAUGGUCUUGUGCCGUUACCAGGUCUAAAUCAACUUAAUGAAACAGAAACUCAGGAUUCUUGUGAUCCAGAUGGAUUGGAGGCUAGUUGUGCGUAUGGUCCAAAUUCUCCUCGACGAAAAGACAAGUGCCUCUUUCCUGAAAACAAGAUUCUUUCAGCAUUCCCAGAAUAUAUUCUGCAAAAUACCCUGCAACAUUUAGAAGGAAAUAAUUCCGUUUCUGGAAUUCCUCAGUCAGUUUCAUUUGGCAAUGCCUGUGUGUUGGGUGGUGAGAUGUAUACCGAGAACAAACUAGCAAAACGUCACCCUGCGCAGAGAUCAAGAGUUCGGAAGCUCCAAUACAUUGCCGAGCUUGAGAAAACUGUUCGUAUUCUACAGAAUGUGGGAUCAGAGUUGGCUGUCAGGGUCUCAUCCAUGCUUCAGCAACAUGCUGCUCUAUCUGUGGAGAAUAACACACUGAAGCAGCAGCUGCUAAGAGUGCAGCAUGAGAAAUAUAUUCUUGAUGGUGAGUACCAAUCCCUUAAAAACGAGGUGCAGAGGUUGAAAACUGGUUUAACUUUGUCCUCUAACAACCAGGUCCGCCACGGGUCACGCUCUGCUGCUUACUUAUCCCGUCCAGAAACCAUCAGGGAGAUGUUAGACAUCGGAAAACUUAGUCUAAACUGAUGUGUUGGCUGCAUCAAAACACCCCUUUUCUGGUCCAAUCUUCUAAGGUGAAGGGCUGCUCUGGAAAUCACUCUCCACUUUGAACUUCACUCUUUUGACGACAUUUAUGGUCUUAGCUAGGGACUUGUAUGGACUACCAGAUCAGUAUCAAAGUGUAGAAUUCGAGACGCUUGUUGUAGAUUACCGGUCUUACUAGCACUGUGACAAUGUGCUUUCUCUUACAAAAGAAGAUCUUUCACGUAGACCGACUGGCCCCUACUUUGUCUCUCUGUUACUUUGCCAGGAUUGCAGCCAUUGCUGCAUUCUAAUACCAUAGUGUGGCAAGGAUUCUAAUACCAUAGUGUGUCCCGACAUAGAUUUGUAGCUUUGAUCGUUUAAGAGGUUUUGUGCUGAUGUUUGUGCAUUCUAAUAUUAGACAUGUAUAACUAACUUGGUAGGAUGAUGAUAAAAUCUUGGAGUUAAUUACACUUGGACCCUAUGUGAAAAUAUAAAUAACACUU